AUGUCCUCGACGGACUCCGAAAUUCGGCACCUCAUGGGCAUAAUCUUGACUGAUGCGGUGGAAGCCAUGAUACAAAGAAUCUUCGUGGCCCUCAUUUUCUUCUCGACCCGUACCCUCCUAAAGGAAUCCAAGACAAGGGCGAACAUAGUCAUGUUGGCUAUAACCCUGUGCAUGUUCGCGAACUCGAGCACUGUCUGGGCGGUGGACUUGGCGGGCAUGGUCAAAGUGAUCACGACCAUUCAAGUGAUAGACCCGACAAGUCCACCCGAGGGCAUGCCCAAGAAAUCAUCCCACCCGCGCAGUGCUUUGUACGAGGUUACUGAGCUCAUGCUCGCGAUGAACGUGAUGCUCAUCGCAUCUCAGGUCAUGUACCUUCCUCGUAGCGUUGACUCUUCGAGCCGAUUGAUGUGGCCGACAAGCACGCAUGUUGCGGGAAUCUAUCCUACCGUCAUUCUCCUCCUCAUCUCCCUCAAGCGCACAAUAUGGGACGCACUCAGCCUUUCACCUCAAGCUACUCUGUCCGGAAUCCGCUAUGCGUCUAUAGGUGUCACAGAGGAGGCGGAAGAUCGGCAGUGCCGGCUUUCCACAUCUUGUUGA